AGUAUUUAAGCGCACACUUAAUGGAAAUUCAAAUAGGAAUGACCCUUUAAUUGUGUUGAAGCUUGUUAUAAGUGCAUUUGUCUAUUUACAUUUGUAGAUCGUCUUUUGUAGUUUCAACCAGAAACCUCAAUUGCUGAUUAGACACUUCGUGUCAUGGCUGAAAGUGACGGAGAUUACUUACUUGUGGCAGCGAUCGACUUUGGAACAACCUACUCCGGAUACGCGUUUUCCAUGAGGGACACCUAUAAAACAGAGCCUUUAACGAUACAUGCUAACCAAGCAUGGAAUGCUGGCGGAAAACAACUUUUGUCUCUAAAAACUCCUACCUGCCUUCUGCUUAAUUCCAAUAAAGACUUUGAUUCCUUUGGCUAUGAAGCUGAAAACAAGUAUGCAGAGCUGGUGAUGGAUGAAGAGCAAGAUGACUAUUACUUUUUCCACAGAUUUAAAAUGAGCUUGCACAAUCAGAAGAAUGUAAAAGGUGAUAUGGUAUUAGAGGAUAUUACUGGGAAACCAGUACCGGCGAUUGACGUAUUUGCACUUUCAAUUAAGGCAUUAGUCAAUCAUUUGAUGGAUGUCCUAGAAACUCGUGGAACAGGAGUACAAUCAAACGAAUUAAAAUGGAUACUUACUGUUCCCGCGAUAUGGACUGAUAAUUCAAAGCAGUUUAUGCGGGAAAGUGCAGAAAAGGCUGGUAUACACAAAGACCACCUUUCGAUAUCACUUGAACCGGAAGCUGCAUCAAUAUAUUGCCAACAUCUGCCUACAGAGAAAUUAAGUGGCGCCGAAUCUGGUUUCACAAUGUCUAAAGAAGGAACAAAAUAUAUGAUAGUUGAUCUUGGAGGAGGCACAGUGGACAUAACUGUUCAUGAAAAGCUGGCUGGAGGUGGUUUAACCGAAAUCAGUAGAGCAACAGGUGGUGAAUGCGGGGGAACUUCUAUUGAUGCUGAAUUUAUACAACUAUUAGCAAAGAUCCUUGGCGCGCCACUUAUUCAUUUAAUGAAAAGAGACCAGCCCGACGCUUAUUUGGACUUAAUAAGGGAGUUUGAAAUUGUGAAAAGGACUAUUACACCGUCUAAGCAAGGAAAAGUAAAUAUGGCAAUACCUUUCGCUACUCUUGAUUCUCUUUGCAAAACGCAUUUGAAGGAUGAUUUAUCUACUGCUAUAACCACAUCACCUUACGCUAAUUCCAUUUCCCUUAGGGGAGACAAAAUGAGAUUUGGUGCAGAUCUGUUUAAAAGUCUUUUUGAUAAAACUAUAAAUAAGAUUUUAACGUUGUUAAAAGAAAUGUUCACACGGGAAGAAUUAGAAUCAGUUUCACUGUUACUUUUAGUUGGAGGUUUUUCUGAAUGUGCAUUAUUACAGGCAGCAAUUAAGAAAAUGUUUACCUCCCGUAGAGUUAUUGUGCCAGCAGGGAGUGGCCUUACAGUCCUUAAAGGUGCAGUCCUUUUUGGCCACAAUUCAGAAGCCAUCUACUCUCGUAAGAUUCGGUUUAGUUAUGGAGUUAGAUGCAGGCCAAUAUUUAAUCCAGAAUUCUACGACCAACAGCACUACAUCGUAGUAAAUGGGGUGGAGCGAUGUGAAAGUGUUUUUGACAUUAUUAUAGAGAAAGAUACCAACGUUAUACGAGGAACAACUGUAGAUAAGAACUAUAAUUCGACCAUUGGUAAAAAAACAUUAACGUUUGUAAUAUUUGCCAGUGAUAAAAAGUCUCCAAUGUAUACUGAUGAAGAUGGGUGUUUUAAAAUUGGGAAAGCUACAAUUGAAAUAUCUAAUUACUCACAAAGUCAAAACGUGGAAGUGGAGUUUAUGUUUGGAAACACUGAAUUAAGCCUAAAUGCUGUGGAAAAAAUAUCAGGGAAUCGUUGUCAAUCAAGUUUUGAUCUUAUUUAGCGGUUUGAACCUAUUAAGGUUUGUUCAUUGUUUUGUUAACUCAACCAGA